AUGAAUUAUCAAAAUCAAGUCCCUGAUUCAUAUUUAAAUCAAGUUAAAGUAAUAUUGCCUGAACAGCAAUACCAAAAUGAUGCACCAGUUCCACCUCCACAAGAAAUGCCUCAAGUUCCAUAUAGUUAUUUUUAUAUUCCUCCUCAAAUUCAACAAGAUGAAGUAUUUUAUUUCGAAAGACCUAGAAAAGAAUUAGAUCUUAAACUAUUUGAAUCCAUUGAUCCUCAAAAAAUUGUACAAACAGGUGAUAUUCAAUCAGUCGAAUUUUAUUUAAAAACCAUUCUCAACUCCAAAGUUACAGGGAGAAACAAGCAACUUGGAACAAAGUCAAUGAGCAAUGCUUUUACAAUAAUGCAAUUAGGAGCACAAUAUUUAACCAAAUUACGAGCAAAUAGAUAUUUACCAUUUGGUGCUUCACCAACAGCAAAUGGAGACGCGUAUUUAAUGAAUUUAAACGAGCAGCUAAUCACAAAUGCAAAUUAUCAAAUUUCAGAAUUAUCCGAGAUUAUGAAUCAACUAGAAUUCCAAGUCACUCGUCUACAAACAGAUAUUACAAAACUCAGAAAUAAAAAGAGGAAACUACAAGAUGUCGUUGAAAAAGCUGAAUUAUUGAAAACAAAAAGGAAACUGCAGAGAAAGAAGAAAGAACAUGAACAAAAGAAGAAGAAAUCUUUAAGACGAGAUGAAUUAAGUGAAGGGCAAGUACCUCCAUCAGAAAUCAAUAAUUUCAACACAAUUCAAGUUAAAGUAGGUUCUCUCAAAUUCCCACAAAUAGAAAGUUACGAAUUUUAA